AUGCCAGGGUACACACCCAUCACCGACAUCCGCUCGCCAGACUCCCGGCGCGGCUCCAGGUCGACGGAGCUCUCACGGGGCUCCGACCGCAGCGGCUCCGUGGCCUCCGCGCCGGGGUCCGUCGCGAGCACCACCUCGUCCUCCCGCGCGCAGCGGCGGCGCGAGAAGGUCACGCUGCAGGAGGUGGAGCAGACCCUCCUCAUCACACUCUUCUGGAAGUCCCUCGACGCGCAGUCCCGCACACCAGCCCUGGGCUGCCGCCGCGCGGGCGCCGUCCUCGCGCGCCUCGAGGACGUCGGGUGGCUCGAGGGCGCGUACGGGACGGACCCGCGGUGGGUCGCAUAUGUCGCGGGGAGGGCGGCGCGGAUCGACGGCUGGACGAGGGAGUUCCUCGCCUCGUGGCCCGGGCGCCGGGUCACGGUGCUGCACCUCGCGUGCGGGCUCGACAGCCGCGACAGGCGGGUGGGCCGGGACGGGGAGCUGGUGAGGUGGGUCGACGUGGACCGCCCGCUCGUCGCGAACCUGAGGGAGAGGCUGAUGAUGGGGGGCGCGGAAAACGUGGUGGACGAGGACGAGGACGAGGCGGACGGGGUCGGGCUGCGGCCGGUGGGGGAUUACUCGCUGCGCACGCUUAAUGUGACCGAGGGGAGGUGGUACAGCGACAUACCCGCGGACCGCCCGACGCUCGUCGUGGCCGAGGGCCUAUUUCCCUACCUCUCCCCCGGCGAGGCCGAGGCCGUCAUCCGGGGGCUGCUGGACUACUUCGGGCAGGGGCAGCUCGUCUUCGAUACCGUGGGCAGCCUGGCCGUGUCGCACACCAAGCGCGCCAACGUGCUCAAGCCCAGCGGGUCCAGGUUCCAGUGGGGGGUCGACGACGCGCGGGAGGUGCUUGGGUUCCACGAGAAGCUGAGGCUGAGGGAUGAGGUGCGGUGGUAUGAGUUUAUGGGCGUCAAGGGGGAGAUAUCGCGGGAGACUGCGCCGCCUUGGUUUGGCCCGAAGGCGAUGGCGGUGGCCCAGCUCACGUCGGCGUUCAAGGACAACGGCCAGGUGCUCAGGUUUGACUUCUGA